AUGGCCGAAGAGAAUGUCUCCCUGGUGUCGGAGUUUGUCCUGGUGGGCCUCACCUACCAGCUGGGCCUCCAGAUGCCCCUCUUCUUCCUCUUCCUGGCUUUCUACCUGGUCACCGUGGUGGGGAACCUGAGCCUGAUCAGCCUGAUUGGCCUGAACCCUCACCUGCACAUUCCCAUUUACUUUUUCCUCUUCAACUUGUCCUUCAUCGAUUUCUGCUAUUCGUCCGCUAUCAUCCCCAAAAUGCUGAUGGGUUUUAUCUUGAAGAAGAACCUGAUUUCCUACGGGGGCUGCAUGACUCAGCUCUUCUUCUUCUGUUUCAUUGUCUUCUCUGAGUCUUUCACCCUGUCAGCCAUGGCAUAUGACUGCUACGUCGCCAUCUGUAAGCCAUUGCAGUACAUGGUCACCAUGUCCCCUCAGGUGUGCUGGCUCCUCUUGCUGGGAGUCUACGGGAUGGGGGUUUUCGGGGCCUUCUCCCAUACUGUAAAUAUGUCGUUUCUGACUUUCUGCACUGACAACCUUGUCAAUCACUAUAUGUGCGACGUCCUUCCCCUCCUGGAACUCUCCUGCAAUGGAUCCUACGUCAAUGUCCUAGUGGUCUGGAUUGUUGUGACCAUUGGCAUUGGGAUACCCAUCAGUGCCAUUUUUAUCUCUUAUGGUUUCAUUCUCGGUAGCAUUUGCCACAUCAGCUCCACAGAGGGCAGGUCCAAAGCCUUUAGCACUUGUAGCUCCCACAUAAUUGCAGUUUCUCUUUUCUUUGGUUCAGGAGUGUUUAUGUAUCUCAAACCACCUUCCAUCUUACCUCUGGAUCAGGGAAAAGUGUCUUCCCUGUUUUAUACCAUUGUUGUGCCUAUGUUUAAUCCCUUGAUCUAUAGCCCGAGGAAUAAGGAUGUCAAACUGGCACUCAAGAAAACCUUAGACUGGAUAACUGUCUCUUGA